CAAGUUGUGAUUGUAUCAGCAGCGAGAACGCCAGUCGGUUGUUUUAAUGGAUCAUUAAAAAAAUUAACGGCUACAGAACUCGGUGCUGCUGCUGCUGCAGGUGCAAUUGAAAAAGCUGGCUUGAAACCAGAACAGAUCGAAGAAGUAUACUUCGGUAAUGUUCUUCAAGCGAACCUUGGCCAAUCUCCAGCACGUCAAGUUGCUCUUAAAGCAGGCUGCCCACGCUCAACAGAAGCAACAACAAUUAAUAAAGUUUGUGCUUCUGGUAUGAAGGCUGUCAUAUUAGCUGCUCAAAAUUUAGCACUUGGUGAUAGGUCGAUAAUGAUUGCUGGUGGUAUGGAAAGUAUGUCUAAUACUCCAUACUAUUCACCGAGAAAUGCCGUGUAUGGUCAUCAAAUUUUAGCAGAUGGAAUAAUUAAAGACGGUUUAUGGGAUGUCUAUGGUCAAAUACAUGGAGUUUUUAAAGCUGAGGUUAUUCCCGUAACAAUCAAAGAUCGCAAAAAAGAAAUAAUUGUUGAUGAAGACGAGGAAUAUAAGAAUGUUAAAUUUGACAAGAUUCCUGAGUUAAAACCUGUUUUUGAUCCUAAUGGCGGAACUGUAACGGCAGCUAAUUCAUCGACGAUUAAUGAUGGUGCUAGUGCCUUGGUGCUUAUGACACGUGUAAAAGCUGAAGAGCUUGGUAUCAAACCAUUGGCUCGAAUUCUUUCAUAUGGUGAUGCUGCAGUUGAACCAAUUGAUUUUCCAAUUGCUCCAUCUCAUUCGCUUCCAAUUGCUUUGAAAAAAGCUGGCCUUGGAAUUUCGGAUAUUAGCUUAUUUGAAUUUAAUGAGGCGUUUAGUGUAGUUAUACGCGCAAAUGAAAAGAUUUUAGGUUUAGAUCCUGGUAAAGUAAAUAUUGCUGGUGGUGCUGUGGCAUUAGGUCAUCCAAUUGGUUCUUCAGGUUCUAGGAUAAUUGUUACUUUGACACACUUAUUAAAGUCGGGUCAAAUUGGUGCUGCAUCUAUUUGUAAUGGUGGUGGUGGUGCUAGUUCUAUUAUUAUUGAAAAACUUUAA